AUGUCUAACGAGUUAUACAACAUAAUCGCACGUGUGACAGAUGGAAUCUAUGAAGGCAUUGCUAUUAGAGAUGUUUUUCCCGGUUCCACCCUUUCUGUUCAUGUUUUGAGAUUCAACAACAUUCCACAUGAAAACAUUAAUAAACCAGUAUGCGCUUGGGUCAGUGGAACUUAUGCACGUCUCUUCAAAUCAGAAGUUCAAUUUGGUCAUGCAGGAGCCAAAAGUAGUUGUGAAAUGGAGUCUGCACAAGCUAAAAAUGAAGCACUCAAAGAUGCCGGAGCAGUUGUCCCCACUUCAUUUGAAUCAUUUGAAGCUUCAAUCAAGGAAACAUACGAGAAAUUGAUUCUUGAUUGGUUAACACACAUUCCUACUGAUAUUGAAGUUUAUAUUCGGCCUGGAUCUUCGAAUGGAUAAUUCCUCUUGUGAUGAGGAUGCUGAUAAUGAGAAGAAAAAGAAACACGAUAACCUUCAAAACAUACAUUGAUUUUAAUUGAUGCUUUUUUUUUAAUCUGAUGAUUACUGGUGAUAUAUGUGCAGUUACCACCAAAAGAAGUUGAUAACUGGCUGCUCCAUGAUGCCACUAUAAGAGAAGCUUAUGGUGGUUUGAAUUAUGAAAUGUUCCAUUUAUUUAGGAGAACAAUGAGGACAUGGCUCAGAAGACUUGCAGCUUCAUUUAAUCUUGCUCUCAAAACCUGCAAUUAGAGUUGUAGCCAUUAUAGGUGAAGGUGUUUCUUAAUAUAGCAUAAGGGAGUUGAUUUCCUAAUAAUGAUAAGGAGGUAUCUGGUAGAGCAGCAAGGUCGCCUUCUGAAUCAUAAUACUUCCCAAAUAUUCCAAUGUAUGUUUAAACUUUAAGGCAUCCAUUCUUUACAAGUAUUGCUAAGGACACGAAAAGACCUCGACAAUAGACACAACUUCAGUGACUACAGACAAUAUGAGGGUAUCUAAUGCUAACAAGAAGAGAAUGCUAGAGAAGGGCAUUUCAAGAGUGGACUUUCUGUUGGGUGUUUAUCGUAAUUUUUGGCUAUUUAUCUGAAUUUUUUUUUGUUUGUCCCUUA